CUCCCCGCCCCCCGCCGCCGUCACCCGGCCCCCGCGGCACGCCGGCCCCGCUCGUCCCCCGCCAUCGGCCCCGGCUGCUCCGCUCCCAGGUCGGCGGCGCCGCCGCCACCGCGCCGCGGGGGAGGGGCGUCCCCUCGGCCGCGACCGGCGGCGGGAGGGGGAGCCGCGCGUCAGCGUCACGUGGCCGGAGCAGGCGGACGCGCGUGACGCAGCUUCCUCCCCGCGUAACGGGCGCGCUCGGCGUGACGCAGCGCGGAGCGGACGCGCGCGCCCCCUCCCCUCCCGCGGGUCACGUGCCACCCUGUUUGGGGGUGGGGCCGCUGUGAGGGAGCGCGCGGGGGGCGGCGGCGCUCGGCGGGAGGGGGGGGCCCGGCCAGGCCGCGGCCGCCUCCGCCCCGCCGCAAUCGGCGUCCCGCUUCCCCGCCAGCGGCGGCUUUUUGCUUUCUCAGCCGGCGCUUCCUCACGCCGCGGCGGGAAGUUUUACUUCCCUGUGCCGGCUGUGCCGCUCCGCGCCCCGCGGGGGCCGGGGCUGUGGGACGCGGGUGGGCCAGCGGCCUCGCCCGCCCGCUCCCGCGGAGAGUGGGUUUUGGCGGAGUCCGGGGCUUCUUCGGAGGUUUUGCAGUACUUUGCUUUACUCCCCUUUACUCCCCGUAUCUGAGGGGAAAUGAGAGGGGUUUGUAGCUCUUUCCGCAGGCUGGAGGCUGGCGAACGGGCAGCGGCGGUUCAGAGGUACAGCUAAAAGCUGGAGCUGUAAUGCACCCAUGAGUGAGUAGCACUAGCCGUGCGCAUCAAUGGCCUCUGUGCCAACAAUUCCAGACUCUUACAACCAUGUGUUGGCAGAGUUUGAAUGUUUGGAUCCAUUGCUUUCUGCACUCAGGCUGGAUUCUAGUCGUCUGAAAUGCACGUGUAUAGAUGUGUCGAAGAGAUGGCUAGCUCUAGGCAGUUCAGGAGGAGGACUGAACCUUAUACAGAAAGAUGGUUGGAAGCAAAGACUCUUUCUCACUCAUAAGGAAGGUGCCAUAUCCCGGGUUGCCUGUUGUUUGCAUGAUGAAGACUAUGUUGCUGUGGCCACCAGCCAAGGUCUUGUAGUAGUCUGGGAGCUGAAUCAGGAACGUCGUGGGAAGCCAGAACGGAUUUAUGUUUCCUCUGAGCAUAAGGACAGAAAAGUCACAGCUCUAUGUUGGGAUACAGCUGCCCUUCGUGUUUUUGUGGGAGAUCAUGUGGGAAAAGUAUCAGCCAUCAAGAUUAACACAUCGAAACAAGGGAAGGCUGCUGCUUCUUUUGUGAUGUUUCCUGUUCAGAUUAUAACCACCGUAGAUUCUCGGGUUGUUCAGCUUGAUUAUUUGGAUGGAAGACUGCUCAUAUCUUCACUUACACGCACGUACUUGUGUGAUACCGAGAGAGAGAAGUUCUGGAAAAUUGGUAAUAAAGAGAGAGAUGGAGAAUUUGGAGCAUGUUUCUUCCCUGUUGGAAAAAACAGUGGGAAUCAGCAGCCAUUAAUAUAUUGUGCUCGACCUGGCUCAAGGAUGUGGGAGGUGAACUUUGACGGGGAAGUGCAAAGCACACAUCAGUUCAAGCAGCUGCUCUCAUCACCGCCUCUCCCUGUUAUUACUCUCAGGAUGGAUCCUCAUUAUACUAAUUCCAGCUGCUCUCCACAAUCUUUAUCUUUUCCCAAGCUACUGUAUUUGACUGAGCACUGUGUGAUGACCUGGACAGAAAGAGGCAUUUAUAUUUUUCUUCCUCAAAGUGUUCAAGUCUUACUCUGGAGUGAAGUAAAAGAUAUUCAGGAUAUUGCAGUUUACAAGAGUGAGUUGUUCUGUCUGCAUACAAAUGGAAAAGUCGUGCACCUCUCCCUCCUGCUGGUAGACCGCUGCAUAGAGCGUCUGAUAAGAAGAGGGUUCUGGACACUUGCUGCCAGGGUCUGUUGUCUCUUCCAGAAUUCAAUUAUUUCUUGCAGAGCAAGAAAAAAUUUGCCUCUAGACAAGCUGGAACACUUGAAGUCUCAGCUGGAUGCCUCAACCCAACAAGAUCUCAUUACGCAACUAGAAGAACUAAUUUCAAAGUUGGAACCUCUAGAUUCUGCCUGCAGCAGUAGAAGGAGCAGUAUUUCAUCUCAUGAAAGCUUCAGUGUCUUAGACUCUGGAAUAUAUCGUGUUAUCAGUCGAAGAGGCAGUCAGUCAGAUGAAGAUUCAUGUUCUCUCCACAGCCAAACGUUCUCAGAAGAUGAGCGACUUAAAGAAUUUCCUGCACACCAGGAAGAUGAGCAAGUAGAACUUGACAACGUAUCUCAUGCAUCUGUGACGGUUGAGGCUGACCGGAAUGAGACAUUUCUCCCAUUCAGUAUUCCUUUGUCAUUUCGUUCCCCAUCUCCUCUCGUCUCUCUCCAAGCUGUCAAAGAAAGUGUUUCCAGCUUUGUACGCAAAACUACUGAAAAGAUUGGCACACUUCAUAUAAGUCCUGACACUAGAGGGAGGCAAGAAGCAAAGGAUGACGAGCAGCUGCAGGAGUUGACUGUUCAUCUGGUAGCAUCUCCCCAGGAAGAGAAAGAGUUAGAACCACAGGGCUGCCAGCUUCCAGAGGAGGACCAUCUAAGAGAUCUCAAGGUUGCAACAGCAGAAGCUAUAGCCAAACUCCAGGAUCCCUUGGUUUUGUUAGAACCACAGUGUAUGAGAAGGGUUUUACAGGAAUGGCUUGUCUAUCUAGAAGAAAAGUUUGGCAGCAAAGGGCAUUCUGCUUCCUCUUUUAAGAAAACCAAGACUGUGUGUGCUGAAGAGCAGAGGGCAGUACUGGAGGAAAACUUGCAACCGGCUCCAACUGCUGGAGACCCAGUAGACAAAGAACAGAGUAGUAUCUUGGAAGACUGCUCUGAAAAGGAAAACACUGAUGAAACCUGUGUAAGCAGAAGCACGUGUGAAAAUAGUACUGAUGUGAAGGGACCUUUGUUCUGCAGCUUUCAGGUGUCUCCUCCAUGUGUCAUAGAGCCGGAUGUUCAGAAAGAUCUCGUUGAGUUGACGACGCUGUGUUUUGAGCUACGUGUACUUUCUUGUGGAAAUGGUGACACACAGGGAGGUUCUGAUGGAAGCCUGCCACUAGCGGCUUCGUGGACCUUGGCGUGUAGGUUUAUGCGAAACUACUUCUUUCUUUUGGAUUUAAAAAGACUAAAGCAGUGUAUUAUAACCAUGUAUGCAACCAGUCCUAAUGUGUGGGAAACAUACAUCGCAGGAUUGAAAGAACUAACUUGUCACAGUCCAGUGGCUUUAGCAAUGGAAAAUGAAGAUAUGUUGAAAAUACUGAAACAGCUGCAUGACCUGGGGCCUUGGGAUGAUAGCCCACUGUUACUGGUACAUGCUCAAAGGCUUUAUGAAAAAUUUGGGGAAAUAGCUCUUCGGCCCCUGAUCAAGUUCUAUCCUUCUAUUUUGCCUUCUGAUAUCAAACAGCUUUGCAGGAACAAUCCAGCUCACUUUUUAGUUUAUUUAGAUAGUCUGGUGAAAUCAAAGCCAGAGGAGAAAAGGUCAUCUCUUCUUAGAUCUCUUCUGCAGCCCGAAUCUGUACGACUGGAUUGGUUAUGCUUGGCAGUUUCUCAGGAUGCACCACAAAGAGCAAAUACUGUGGAUGCAGAAGGAAAUCCCAGGCCACGAUCACAUUUGUUUACUUGGGGCUAUAGCCAGCUCAUUCUGCUUUUGGUUAAACUCCCAGCUGAUUUUGUUAUGAAAGAGAAGAUGGCUGACAUCUGUAAAUCACAUGGAUUUUGGCCUGGAUAUCUUUUUCUCUGUCUGGAGCUGGAUAGAAGAAUAGAAGCCUUUACUAAUAUUGCUCGUUUGGAUGAUUUGAGCCUUUUGAAUGGAGAAGAUGGUUCCAUUCCAGAGACAAUAGAAGAAUGGAAGUUUCUUCUGCAUCUUGCACAGAAUCACAGCACAACCCUCCACCACGAUGGCCCACAGAACGGGAGUGCUGUCAGCAACGGUAGCCUGAGCUGCCCAGACUGCAUCACUGUGGAAAACAUAGCUCUCUUACUGGCAAAGGCCAUUGGCCCAAAUCGUGCCUUGCCUCUCUUGCAGGAGUGUGGCUUGACACUAGAAUUUUCUGAGAGAUUUACUAGUGUCUGUGAGAUACUGAGAAUUGCUGAGAAAAGGCAAAGAGCGCUGGUUCAGUCCAUGUUGGAAAGGUGUGAUCGGUUUUUGUGGUCUCAGCAAGCAUAGAAAAGAACUUCGAAAAAUUUGGGAACAUUUUUUACUGUAAUGACUGUAUAUUAAAGUGCCUCUUAAACCUAA